AUGUCGCGGACAUUGCUCCUUUGUCAUGUGCAUGGCUUCAAGGGCGACGAUGACAGCUUUGGCACUUUCCCUGAGGAUUUCAAAAGAAGCCUGAGCAGUCAACUCUCUGACCACAAUGUCGAGUCCGUCAUCUACCCCAAAUACGCCACCAAGGGAGAGCUCACCGAAGCCAGCGUCAACUUUCUCGAAUGGCUCAAAGAACGGGUGAUGGAGAUUAGGAAGGCCAAGCUCGAAAAGCCCUGGCCGCCGAAUGACAAAAGCGUCGGAGUCGUCCUCGUUGCCCAUUCCAUGGGCGGUUUUGUGGCCAGCGAAGCACUGUUUCAUAUCUUGGACGAGCGCGCAAAUAGCGACGACAAAUCCGCCCCUUUGUUCCCCAUGAUUCAGGGAAUAUUGGCCUUCGAUACGCCAUACAACGGCCUCGCACGCUCCAUGUUUGUCUACGGCGGCUUCUCCAACUACCAGAAAGUCAGUUCUGUUUUCAACGUUAUGACAGCGCUUUCCGCCGCUCCUGCGAGCAUCAGUAUGGCCUUGAAGCGCGGCGCAAGCUCCAUUCCAGGUUCCAACAGAGCCACCAACCCGGCGGCCUGGAAAACAUGGCAGCUUGUUGCCGUGCGAACAGGGACAGUUGGCGCCAUCGCUGCCGGCGGCGUGGCUGCCUAUGUUCACCGAGAGAAGAUCAAGGAGGGCUAUCAAAAUAUGAGAGGUCUGAAGAAGCAAGACCUUGUCGAGGGAUACCAGCAGGGCGUAGAUCGCCUCGGUCAAGGCCUCGCUUACGUCAAUCGCGGCAAUGUCGGGCAGUCUUUUGCUUGGCUGAGUGACCACUUCACGUUUGUCGGCGUGCUCAUGAAACAACAAGAGUUGAACAAGAGACUCGAGCGGCUCGCAAAUCUGAAGGGCAUUGGUAUUCACGAUAUCUACUGCUCGAUGGGUGAGAACGGGUACUGGAGUGGCGGCUAUUUCGUGCCAGAGCGAACUUUCUGCGCUAUUCCGGCCGACGAUCAGCCUGCCAGCAAUCUAUUUUCCAGGCAUGUCGUCAAAAACGCGGAGGAUGAAAUCCAGGCACACAUGUCUUUGUUCCAUCCGGACAAGAAUGAAGAAUACCAACUCAUGGUCGACAAGGCGAGCAAGCUAGUGAUUACCUGGUUCAACGACGACUCUGAGAUUGUUGAUAACCCCGAAAUUACAAAACCGGAACCAGCCGACUCUCCCGAAAAUGCAAUCAAAGCCACGGACGAAGGUGUCGAAGUCGAAGGAGAAAAGUCCGCGACGGAGAAUGCUGACACUCAAGGCACAGAAGAUAGCGACGGGAUCCCCGACGAGUCACCACUCGACAUUGCCGCGGCCGCUUCUCUCGUCCCUUUGCCAGACGAUGCUGAGGACACGAAGGGCGAUUCUGUGCCCGAGGUCAAGGAUAAGCAGUCAUACUACAGAUAUCUCAUGGGAAUCGCCCAGUCAACCGGCACGGGUAUCUCUCAAGCGGGCUCUGGGGUGAAGGGAUACAUUCCAACAAAAUUGCCAGCGAUCCCGAAGCCGAGCAUCCCUACCAUGCCCAGCGUGAGCCUUCCCAGUGUCAGUGUGCCAGGUGCUGGUUUCUUCUCCAAGAAAGAGAAGUCAACAGCUUCGGAGGAGAGCGCUGCUACGACAGCGACUGAACAACCGGCGGAGAACGUUGAGAAGACCGAGGGGUCUAAUGCCGCACAAGACACUGAACCAGAGCAGAAGGAGACAUAG